AUGUAUGUACCUACUUUUCUCUAUGAGUAAAAGAGUCAACAAAAAAGUUGUGAAAUAUUUUCUAAAAUUAGAGAAGAGAAUUAAAAUAAAAUGUUGGAAGAAGUAAAACGUGUAAUACUAGUUCUCUCAGGAAAAGGAGGAGUUGGAAAGUCAACUGUGAGCACCCAGUUGGCUUUAACACUCAAGGAACAUGGUUUUAAGGUUGGUUUGCUGGACAUUGAUUUGUGUGGGCCCAGUGUUCCUUACCUCCUGAAUUUGGAAAACCAAAGUGUCCAUCAAGGCCCUGAAGGUUGGAUCCCUGUGUACUUAGACAGCGAACAGAAGCUAGGGGUGAUGUCUAUAGGCUUCCUCCUCAGUUCCCGUAAUGAUGCUGUUGUUUGGAGAGGCCCUAAGAAGACUUCGAUGAUCAAGCAGUUUCUAGAAGAUGUCUGCUGGCAGGAACUCGAUUUCUUAGUUAUUGACACACCUCCAGGAACCUCAGAUGAGCAUAUAACAGUGAUGGAGAAUCUCCGUCAAGUGCCCCAGUGCGCAGCGAUAAUUGUUACAACUCCUCAAGAAGUGGCAAUUGAAGAUGUCAGGAAAGAAAUUACCUUUUGUAGGAAAACUGGAAUACCUAUCAUGGGCAUUGUUGAGAACAUGAGUGGAUAUGAAUGCCCAGUCUGCAGUGAAUGUACCAACAUAUUCUCAAGUGGAGGUGGAAAGUCAUUGGCUGAAAUUGCCAAGAUCCCAUUCCUUGGCAGCCUGCCCAUAGACCCCAGAGUGGGCAAGCUGGCAGGCCAAGGUGUUGCCGCAGUAAAGGAAAUCCCAAAUUCCAACACAAGCAAGGUUUUCAGUGAACUUGUGAAGCAUCUUACAGACUCAUCUGUAAAUGGUGAAUGAUUAUGUUGAGUUAACAUAGAAAGUGUUUGAAAGAACAAGAACAUUAAGACAUUGCAAUAAUUGUGUAUAAAAUUAUGGGGAAAAGCUAGUUUAUAAGAGAAAGUACUAUUUUAUAUCAAGUGAUAUUAUUUUUCAUUAGUGUAUAAAGUAAAAUAGUAUUGGCAAAGCCAUGGUGAGGGUGUUUUCUGUUUUAAAGAUAUGAAGUUCAAAAAAAUAUUUGUUUUCCUUUUAGUAUAAUACCACUACCAUCAUGUUGCAUUGCUAUAAAUCCAUUCCUUUUAUUUCUUUGAUAUUGUAUAUGCAAUUGACCAAAAGAAUAAUGUAAAAAUACAAGUGAGUUGUAGACAAAUAAAAUACAGAUUUACAUUUUAUUGUUUAUUUGGUCAUUUAACAUACAUUACCACAUCAUUUAUAAUGUUUAAAUGCAUAAAAACUACACAGUAAACUUUUUUUUGUUUCUAAAAAUACAUUGUAUACAUAAUUAUAUAUCUGUCCCAGUGUAUAAAUAUAGCAUUCGAUUUUUGGUUCUGUUCAGUGAAUAUAAAUAUACAUAAGAACACAUUUUCUAAAAUAUUUUCCUUAUUCACAUUAACUGUAAGUAAUAUAGUUUUAGUUAUUGUUUUGUCACUUUGUCAAAGAUAUAGAGGUAAUGAAAAGGGAAAAAACAGAUGUUCUGUUUUUUUGUUUGUAUACGCAUAAUAUUUUAAAUAUUUAUCUUAAAAUACUAUGUUUAAUUAAUACAUAAUUAGACAUUGAAUAUUGACAUACAUUAUGCACCUACAGUAAAAAAAGGCAUAUAAAACACUACAAUAAAAAAUAUCAGCCCUUAUAUUAAAACAAAAUUCUUAAAAGGAACUUCAAUAAAAUCAAAUGGUAAUUCAAAUAUUUUUCAUAAUAUUGUCAAUAAUUAAAAUUUAGUAACAAAACAUUUGGUGGAACCUAUUUUCAGAUAACAACUAAGAAUAACAAAAAAAUAUAUUUGAUUUCAAACAACAUCAAUAAAAUAUGCACUACCCUAGAAUAUCCAAAGUAC